AUGGAUCACACCACUAGGGACCUUUUCCCUGCCUUGGUCAUUCAAUUGUCAAGAGAACAAAGUGGCACACCCUCAAUUCAGGAAUCGAAUGAGUCCUUGGAGGCACGUGAGGCACGUGAAUAUGAGAGCCCUAUACCCGCUGGGGUUGUUCACCCAGUCGCGUCUGUACAUUUAACUGACGGAGAUAACGGACCUGCUUCGCCUGUGCCCAAUCAGCAGAUCCCAUCUGGUUCGGAGUACGAGGCUUCGAGUUCUCCUCCUUCUCCAAAGUCACCCCGGCCGAUCAUCCGUUCUCAUCGCAUUACUGAUCAGGCUCCAAGCACGCCUGUUAGACCAACUCGAGUUCGAUAUUUCCUUGGAGAGAAUUCUCAGAAGUCCCUACCUGCGGCGAGUCCCACUGGCCCUUCUGGGAAUACUGCUUCUUCUGUCACAACUCGCAAUCGCCAGAAUACUGAUACAGAUUCCGCAAAUGCAAAGGGACGUCCAAAGAACGUGACUCCAAUUACCACUCCUGGGCUCAAAAUCGUUGUCAAGAAACCUUACGACGCCACCCUGGACUCCAGAACCGAUUCGAAGUCUGCAAAUACAAAGGGACGCCCAAAGGACGUGAAUCCCGUUACCAACACUACCACUCCUAGGCUAAAACUUGUUCUCAAGAGACCUCGGAAGGCCACCCCAGACUCGAGGACAGCUUCAGAUUUUACGAAUGCAAACAACCCCCCCAACAACGCGACUCCAAAUGCCCCUCGUAGAAUAAGAUUGGUUAUCAACAAGAAACCUCGUCAGUCCAUCAUGGGCUCCAAUCCCCCUACUGUUCCACUUGACCCCGUCAGCAACGAGUAUCCUUCGUCCUCCGCCAACCCCGGAGAUCAGCCAUCCAACAUCGACUCUGAUCAGCUGAAACCUACUGCAAAUACAUCUGUUGAGUCUUCUUUCGUCCCUGGGUCCCAUAUGGAUCCUCCUAAGUCUAGUACUUUUAGCACAUCUCAUAGGUCUUCCUCUGAACACGACGAGGCAUCCUCUAGUAUCAACCCUACUUCAGAGCUCCCCACCACCAGCGCAUCUCCCAGGUCUCGUUCAAGCUCUGGCGAAGCUCCGUUUGGCUACAGUGGUUACCGGUCUCCUCUUCGGGAUUACGUCUUUUCUACUCCCCCAGACCCUUCAACGGAUCCUCCAAGGGAUCCCGAACCGGAUCCUUCAAUGGAUCACUCAACGGCCCCUAAUAUGGACCCUUAUCAGCCAUAUCAUCCAGCGGUAAUGUCAGGUAUUACCCCGUUUGAAGACCCAAAUGUCCUCCCAUCCACAUUCAUGUACCCCGACGAGACCCCCAACAACAACUGGACCACCGACCCCAUGGGUGUCUACACCCCCGAGGAGUUUGAACGCAUCAUAGCGUCUGAGCAGGAGGUCCUGCGUGAAAUGUCCGAUCCCCAUGCCGAUCCACCGCAUGUGUAUGCCUGGGAAGAACAGCAACGUAUGAGAUCUCUUGCUCCGGAUGUUCUCGCUGCUGAGAUGAAAGCUGCCAUUGAUGAGAUAGAAGCUGCAAAUGCUGGAGAUGAGAGCCUACAGCCUGGAUAUUGGAAUUCUAUCGGUCCCCCACAGCCUUAUCCCACUGAACCUGAUGCACCUGAGUCUUCUCUCACUCAGCACCCUCCAGCUCGACUUGAGUCUGAUGAACCCGCUCGUACUGAAUCCUCUUCUGCUCAAGAUAUCUCUCCUGACCCCAGGGAAAUGUCCGAGGUCCCAAGUCAGACCUUGCAGUCAGUGGAGGAAACAUACCAAGCCUCAGCGGUGAAGCAUGCCCGACACAGUUCACCCAAGACGAAGAGCUCGAUCCCAGACCUAUCAACCACGGCUUCAGCAAGAACUUCAAUCUCGGUCCAGCGCCGCAGCACCUCAUCCACGGUCAAGACCACGAGCCCUCCGUCUACGUCAACCUCAACACGCCGCCGUUCUAAGAACCAGCCUGUGACGCCUGCUCCUGCCUCGACAUCACCCCGUCGUAGUUCCAGAAUCAACAAGGCCGAGCUAGCUACUCCAGAGGCUCCAAUCACCGUCUCCCCACGCCGCCUGCGCAGCUCCGACGUCAAUCCCAGCUCCAGCACAAAGAAGUUCGGCAAGGGCAACGCAACCCCAGACUCAUGGGAGACAGCACCUAUCGCAGACAAGAUGUUGUCCCAGAUGAAGGAGACGACAACGAUGUCGUGGGUGAGGAUCACUACAGCAUGGAACGAUAACCGAGCAGCCGAGGACGACCUCAUGACAUGGCGAGCACUGAGUAAGCGAUGGGCACGGAUUAAAGAAAAGAUUGGUGUUUGGCCCGGGUUCGACCACGUUCUUCUGGAUAACUUGCGUGAGUUCGAUUCAGAACUGGACAACGAUGGCUUUGUGCAGGUUGCCGAGUUUGUUUCGGCUGAGCUUGGCUGGGAGAUUCCCGCCGAGGUUUGCCAGGGUCGAUACGAAUUCCUCAAGAGCUCUGGCAAGCUCAAUUUGAAGGGCAAGGGCAAGGCUCGAAAGUAA